UCACUCUUCCUCCUCGUCCUUCCCCCCCGCCCCUUCAACAACUCUAUAUUGACAAAACUCUAAGCUAUUCUUGUCUACCGACUAUCCUCCUUGCCAGUUGUCACCGCUUUGUCCCGCUCGUGACCACCUCGUUGUCUCUGUCGUGAUCGCCUUGCUCCGCGGCUGACGAACGACCGAACCUUCCCGCCUGACCUCAAACCCCGGACUAUCAUUCAUCUGCAGUUCGUCAGUUUACGAUUCGCGCCAGUUGUUUCUACAAUACAAUUUGAUUUUCAUAGCCUCUUGGGCAUCACCCACACCAUGUCUGAACCCACGAGCACAAAUACCCCGAAGCCUAGCAGUAGCGUCAAGCUGGUGCUUCUCGGAGAAGCGGCUGUUGGAAAGUCCUCGCUGGUUCUGCGAUUCGUCAACAAUGACUUCCAGGAGAACAAAGAGCCGACCAUAGGAGCUGCCUUCCUUACCCAGAAAUGUUCCCUCCCCACCCGCACGAUCAAGUUCGAGAUCUGGGAUACCGCCGGUCAAGAGCGAUUCGCCUCGUUGGCGCCUAUGUACUACCGUAAUGCACAGGCGGCGCUUGUUGUUUACGACAUGACUAAGCCUUCGUCGCUUACAAAGGCCAAGCAUUGGGUCGCCGAACUCCAGCGGCAAGCUAGCCCCGGGAUCGUCAUCGCCCUUGUCGGUAACAAGCUCGACUUGACAAACGAAGGUAGCAACGAAGCCGCUGGCGAAUCGACUCCGGCCGAAGGUGGUGAGGAUGAAGCUACCAACGACGAGAACCAGGCCGAGGAGGCUACCCCUGGUGACGCCCGCAAAGUGUCGACUCAGGAGGCCAAUGCUUAUGCGGAGGAAGAGAAUCUGCUGUUCUUUGAGACCAGUGCCAAGACUGGUGUCAAUGUGGCCGAGGUUUUCACGGCGAUUGCCAAUGCAAUUCCGGAGAGUAGCCUGAAGACUGGACGGGGCGCUGGUACUGGUCAGGCUACCUUAGGUGGCGGACGUCCGGCUGAGGACACGAGAGUGAACCUGGGUGAACGGGCUGCUGCGACACCCAAGGAAGGCUGCGCGUGCUAAACUGCUUGAUGUUUCGUGUUCUGUUUUGCUUCUAGAUUGCGGUAUAUCCAUUUGAUGAUUCGACGGGAUCUCAUUGUUGUUAUGGCUCUGACCUGGGCUACAGUGUCUGGAGGUGUUUGAGUACCCGAGUAUAGUUUUACUUCCACAGCGUGUUUAUUAUUUCUAGAGCGAGGUAAAGGUAUUUAAUACAUUAUACUGGA